AUUUCUAUUCAACUAACUCAACUGUCACAUCCAAAUCAAAACUACUUUGUCAUAUCUAAAGCCACCAUGCUGAAAAAAAUCAGUAAAACUUUGAAAGGUAAACAAAGACAAAGACCAAGACCUACCCUUCUACCUGCACCUUCUCCUCCUCGUCCUCCACCACCACCUCCUCCACCACCACCACCACCACCACCUCCUCCUCCUCCACCAAAACAACCACCCCCAACACCACCUCCUCCUCCACCACCACCACCUCCUCCUCCAAAGCAACCGACAAAUACUCCUUUUCUCUUCCCUCAAGUCCACUCCACUAUUCUCCCAGACCCUUCAAACUUCUUCUCUCCGAAUCUUCUCUCAUCGCCACUCCCAACAAACUCUUUCUUCCAAAAUUUUGUUCUACAAAAUGGUGACACACCUGAGUACAUUCACCCUUACCUCAUCAAAUCCUCAAACUUCUCCCUCUCCCUCUGCUACCCUACUUGCACCUCCAACGCUUCUUUCAUAGCUCAAGUCUUCGACCCUGAUAUCACUAUUUCUACCUCCAUGAAAACAAACCAAGACUCACAUGAAAAACAUGUGAUCUCUUCCUUCAGUGAUCUCGGUGUCACUUUGGACAUUCCCUUGUCUAACCUGCGGUUCUUCCUCGUAAGAGGAAGCCCUUUUGUGACAGUGUCAGUAACCAACCGUACGCCACUUUCCAUCACCACCAUACAUUCCAUCCUUUCAUUCUCAUCCAAUAAUUCCCUCACCAAGCACAAUUUGCAGCUCAACAAUGGCCAAACAUGGCUCAUUUACACAUCGUCCCCGGUAAGUUUCAGUAAUAGCCUUUCUGAGAUUACCUCUGAAGGCUAUUCUGGCAUAAUAAGGAUGGCAGUAUUACCUGAUUCUGAUCCCAAGUACGAGGUAAUCCUUAACCGGUUCAGUUCUUGUUACCCUACUUCUGGUGAUGCAGCAUUCACAAAUCCAUUCAGCGUCGAAUAUAAAUGGGAGAAGAAAGGGUGGGGAGAGUUGUUGAUGCUUGCUCAUCCAGUUCAUCUUCAACUUUUGUCUGCAAGUGACUGUGAUGUAACUGUGCUUCAUGAUUUGAAGUAUCAAAGCAUUGACGGCGAGCUUGUUGGUGUUGUUGGAGACUCAUGGUUAUUGAAAACUCAUCCUGUUUCUGUUACAUGGCAUUCCACCAAAGGUAUCAAUGAAGAAUUUCAUGAUGAAAUUUGUUCAGCACUUUCUGGCGAUGUGGAUGCUCUAAGUUCCUUAGGAAUAACGACAACAACAUCUUGCUAUUUUUAUGGAAAAUUGAUAGCAAGGGCAGCAAGGUUGGGAUUGAUAGCUGAAGAAGUGAAUGAUCUCGAUUCCAUACCAGCGAUCAAAAAGUUCUUGAAGGAAACGAUCGAGCCAUGGUUGAAUGGAACUUUUAACGAAAAUGGUUUUCUUUAUGAUGGAAAAUGGGGAGGAAUCAUUACCAAACAAGGCUCUCAAGAUUCAGGGGCAGAUUUUGGGUUCGGUAUUUAUAAUGAUCAUCAUUAUCAUUUAGGAUACUUUCUCUAUGGAAUUGCAGUGCUUGCAAAGAUUGAUCCAGCUUGGGGAAGAAAGUAUAAACCUCAAGCUUAUUCACUCAUGGCAGAUUUCCUGAACUUAGGAAGAAAAUCAAACUCAAAUUAUACACGUUUAAGGUGUUUCGAUCUUUAUAAAUUUCAUUCUUGGGCUGGAGGACUAAUCGAAUUUGCAGAUGGAAGAAAUCAAGAGAGUACUAGUGAAGCUGUGAAUGCAUACUAUGCUGCAGCAUUGAUGGGAAUGGCGUACGGCGACACACAACUUAUUGCGACCGGAUCAACACUAGCAGCACUUGAAAUUCAUGCAGCUCAAAUGUGGUGGCAUAUAAAAGGCGGAGAUAAACUUUAUGCUGAAGAAUUUUCCAAAGAGAACAAAGUAGUGAGUGUUGUUUGGUCUAAUAAGAGAGAUAGUGGACUAUGGUUUGCGCCUGCUCAAUGGAGAGAGUGUAGGCUAGGUAUUCAAGUUUUACCUUUGUUGCCUAUCACCGAGGCAUUGUUUUCGGAUGUUGGUUAUGUAAAGGAGCUUGUGGAAUGGACAUUACCUAAUUUGAAUAGGAAAGGUGUUGGUGAAGGGUGGAAAGGUUUUAUAUAUGCUAUGGAAGGUACUUAUGAUAAACAAAGUGCUUUGCAAAAGGUAAGAGGAUUGAAGGGUUUUGAUGAUGGGAACUCGAUGAGUAAUCUUUUGUGGUGGAUUCACAGUAGAGGUGAUGGUGAGGAGGAGUUUGAUCAUGGAAAACACUGCUGGUUUGGUCAUUACUGCCAUUAAACUCUAUCGGUAAUUAACAGAUGUUAACUACUAGGCAUACCAAUACACGUUAAUGAUGAUAAAUUGAGCGUUGAAAAGAUAGUGUUAUGCGAGAUAUUUGUCAGGGAGUUAACUCCGAUGUUAUAAAAAUAAAACUGAACCGGACUGUUCAAUUGGUUGAAUUGUGAACCGACACUAUCUACGGUUAAGUUGUUUGAGCAGUUUGAGUGCAGUUUGGAUUUUAAAACAUUGGUUAAUUGUAUAGCAUUGAAUUUGUAUAAAAUAUGGUUUUGUGUGUUUAA